AUGUUCAUUAAUCUGUCAUUGGAAAAGAUUGGGGAGUUCCGUCGUAUCAGCAAAGCUUGGGAGGAAAUGACGAAAAGACAAGAAUUUGUUCUUCAAAAACGUGAGAUGAGCUACCCUGCAAGUGAAAACAACAUCCUUGUUUUCACUCAAACAAGCCAAGAAGGUCACCUGUUGCAAGAUAAACUAAUCGCCACCAACAUAAAAGUGCAAAUGGAUAACCCAUGCAACCACAUACGAUUGCAAGAAGAGAUGUCGAUGGGUGACGACGGCAUCCAUAAAAUCAUGCCUAUCACCACAGAUUUGGUCUGUCUGCAAACUAGCUCUCAAAUCAAAUUCUUGAACCCAAAGACAACACAACUUGCAACAGUUGAAUGGCCAUAUGAUGCCCCUCUCAGCAAUUGUGAAAUAGCAUUUGGUUGUUCAAGUAUUCAUAGAGGGGAAUGGAAAACACUUUGCAAUGUAUGUCCUCGCCUUGUAUCUGAUGGAACCUGGUUUGAUAGAUUCGUAUACUGGCGUGUAGACAAACUAUCCUUUAAAAUAGCAACACCUCAAGAGUUGCUGGUCGUGUUUGACUACCACACUCAACAAUUCCAAACCAUAACUGCCCUCCAUCUCCAAUCUUCUUUAACCCCACUUAUCCUUCUCAUAUGA